AUGGCCAUGGAACGCGUCAAACAGCUCGUCUCACACAUGUCGCCCGCAUCCAAGGGCGUCGCCGCUCUCCAGCGCAAGAGCCCGGACGACGUCGUCAUCACCAUGGCCGUCCGCUCCCCCCUCUGCAGAGCCAAGGGCGGAGGAUUCAUGUACACAAAGAGCGACGAACUCUUGGCGGAGAUGUUCAAGCAAGCUAUCGCACACUCGGGUAUUGAUCCCGCCCUUGUUGGCGAUAUCACCGUUGGCACCGUUCUUUCGCCCUCUGCUACCUACGAAGCCCGCACGGCGGCUCUUGCCGCAGGCUUCCCCGAGAGCGUACCUGUGCAGACUAUUAACAGGUUCUGCUCUUCUGGGCUGAUGGCCGUCACUGAUAUUUCGAACAAGAUUCGCGCCGGGCAGAUUGAGGUCGGGUUGGCAGUAGGGAUGGAGAGCAUGUCGCAGAAUCCAGAUAAGGGCGCUCCGGCUUCAAGUGAUAGCAUAAAGGCAAACCAAGCUGCAUGCGAUAGCGUAAUGCCGAUGGGGUGGACGUCGGAGAACGUUGCGGGUGACUUCAACAUCUCGCGCCAGGAAAUGGACGAGUGGGCGUCCAUUUCGUUCCAGCGCGCCGAGCAUGCAGACAAGUCGGGUUACUUUGCGAACGAGAUUGUGCCGUUCACCGCGUAUGAGAAACCAGAUCCUGAGACGGGUAAACGCGCGACAAAAGUGGUGUCUAAAGAUGACGGGAUUAGGGCUGGGACAACGGCGGAGAAGCUGCUAAAGAUCAGGCCGGCGUUCCCCCAAUGGAAGCCGUCCCAGACGACCGGAGGGAAUGCGAGCCAGAUUACUGACGGCACGGCGGCAGUUUUGCUGAUGACCCGAAGAAAGGCAGAGGAGCUAGGGCUGGCCAUCCUAGCAAAGCACGUCACGACUGCGGUUGCUGGGUUGGCUCCGCGUGUGAUGGGCAUCGGUCCGAGCAUUGCGAUCCCACAGGUUCUGCAACAAGCUGGCAUCACCACAGAUGACGUCGAUCUUUUCGAGGCAAGUGGUUGUGCCGUCUCGUAUGCGAGGGCUGAGUCGAGUUGGCGAAAUGCAGAUCAACGAGGCGUUCGCAUCGAUGAUGGUGUACUGUGUGCGCAAGCUGGGUCUCGACCCUGCGAAGUCGAGAUGUCGAAUUGUGCUGACGGACUGGGGGCGUCUGCACGCGCUACAGGUGCUCGUCAAAUUGCUACUGGCCUCAACGAGCUUGCACGGAGAAAGGGCAAGAUUCUGGUGACUUCGAUGUGCAUUGGGACGGGGAUGGGUGCUGCCAGUGUGUUCGUAGGAGAAUGA